UAAUAAAAUUUAAUCGCAAGUAUUGCAAUUUGCAAUUUUGCAAAUUGUUAGGUGUAUAUCUAAACGAGUUUAUUUGUAUUUUUACCAAACAAUAUUGUGAAUAAUUUUACAUACUAUAUACUCCAAUCUUAAUUACCUAUACAUAUUUACGAAAAUGGAGAUAUAUUCAUUUAAAGGAAAAAGAAUCUUAGUAACCGGUGCUGGACAAGGUAUUGGCCGAGGAAUCGCUGUAGAGCUAUGGAGAGCUGGAGCUAAUAUUGUAGCUUUGUCUCGCACUAGAUCACAUUUAGAAGCCUUACAGAGUGAAUAUCCCUCAAUAGACAUUGUGGAUGUCGAUGUUUCCGAUUGGGAGAAAACACGGACCGCUAUUGAAUCGUUGGGUACUUUUGAUGCCCUAGUUAAUAAUGCUGCGAUUGCAAUCUGCGAACCAUUUCUCACUAGUAGCUCAUCAAAUUUUGAUAGAACAUUUGAUGUAAAUGUUAAAGCUGUAUUAAAUAUAUCUCAAAUUGUGGCGAAGAAGAUGAUAGAAAAUAAAAUACACGGAUCAAUUGUUAAUAUAUCUUCACAGGCAUCAAAGGCAGCGCUCAAAGAUCAUGCUAUAUAUAGUGCAUCAAAAGCAGCACUGGAUGCUCUAACUAGGUCAAUGGCAUUGGAGCUAGGACCACAUGGAAUAAGAGUUAAUUCCAUAAAUCCGACUGUUAUUAUGACGGCAAUGGCAAAGGUUGGGUGGUCUGAUUCAGAACGGUGUAAAGAAAUGUUAUCAAAGAUUCCACUCGGAAGAUUCGGCGAAGUAUCGGAAGUUGUAAAUGCUGUUGUUUUCCUAUUAAGCGAUAGAUCCAGUAUGAUAACAGGAGUUCAGUUGCCUGUGGAUGGCGGCUUCCUUGCAACAUAAUAUUAAUUAUAAGCACCAUUGAAAGAUCUGCUAACGUUAUGUUACCAAAGAAAUAUAAUUCUUAUUGAGUCGUUAUUUUUUAAUGUUGCCAUAAAUUAAACUUAUCAUUGUAAAUGUUUAAAUGCGAUUUCGAUUUUUUUUUAGAAGCAAUAUUGAUUUACUAAUUAUGAAUGUGCUAUAUUUUUAAAUUAAAUUAUAUUGAGAAUG